AAGGUGCCGUCCGGGGCGGGAGGCGGUGGGAGCGCGGUGCCCCUCUCCCUCUUUGCGGACUAGUUUGAGUGACACUGCGAUCAUCUCGUUUCCCUUCAAGCUUCGCCUGUUGCCGUUGCCGCCGCCGCCGCCGCUCCAGCGCCGAGCCGGGAGCCGGGGAGUGGAGAGCGCAGGCUGAGGCUCCGCCGACUCCUGCCAAGAAAUCCCCCGUCUUUAUGCCGUGAUCUCCCAGCCCGGCCAGGCUCCGGGGGCGCAGGGUGGGGUGGGGGGGGACUGCGGGCUCUCCCCAGCCCUCCCGCCCGCACACCUCUUCGGGGGGCUUCCCCUCCUCCUUCCUCCGGGGCGAUUUGUCAAACUUCCCCCCUCUUCUGCCAGCAGCAGCAGCAGCAGCAGCAGCAGGGCUGUCCUCUCCUCUGUGCCGCCUCCUCCUCCGCCGCCGCCGCCUCCUCCUCCUCCUCCUCGGCAUCGUGUAUGCACAGCAACAAAAAAUAUAUCCCCAACCCAGCCCUCGAGCCGAGACUGGAGCAGCUCACCGGAUCUCUGGGGCUAAAGCAACUCUUCCCACCCCCGCGCCCAGGCAGCCCCCCCCCGCCGGCGCCGGCGGCCGCAGGAGCCCAGCAUGCCGAGGAGGAAGCAGCAAGCGCCCCGGCGCGCAGCAGCCUAUGUUUCAGAUGAACUAAAAGCAGCAGCACUGGUGGAAGAAGAUGUGGAACCUGAUGAAAAUGCAGUUGAUGGGGAGCCUUCGGCAAAAUAUGCAUGUCCAGAAAAAGACUUCAGUAAGAACUGCCAAAGCUACCAAAACUCUCCAGCAGCUGAAUUUUCCAGCCAUGAAAUGGACAGUGAGUCACAUAUCAGUGAGACAAGUGACCGCAUGGCAGACUUUGAGAGCAGCUCUAUUAAAAAUGAGGAAGAAAGCAAGGAGGUUUCGAUACCGCUGGAAGACUCUACUGUAUCUGAUAGUUUAGAACAAAUGAAAGCCGUAUAUAAUAACUUCCUCUCCAAUUCCUACUGGUCCAAUCUCAAUUUGAACCUUCACCAGCCGAUUUCGGAAAAAAACAAUGGUAGCAGCAGCAGCAGUAGCAGCAGCAGUAGCAGUUGUGGAAGUGGCAGCUUUGACUGGCACCAGACUGCUAUGGCUAAAACACUGCAGCAAGUUUCUCAGAGCAGAAUUCUUCCUGAACCGAGUCUUUUUAGCACAGUUCAAUUGUACAGACAAAGCAGUAAGCUUUAUGGCUCUAUAUUUACUGGAGCCAGUAAAUUCCGCUGUAAAGACUGCAGUGCUGCCUAUGAUACUUUAGUAGAAUUAACAGUGCACAUGAACGAAACAGGACAUUAUCGAGAUGACAACCAUGAAACUGAUAACAAUAACCCCAAAAGAUGGUCGAAACCUCGUAAACGUUCUUUGCUUGAAAUGGAAGGGAAAGAAGAUGCCCAGAAAGUAUUAAAGUGUAUGUACUGUGGUCAUUCAUUUGAAUCUCUUCAAGAUUUGAGUGUUCAUAUGAUCAAAACAAAACACUACCAAAAAGUGCCUCUGAAGGAACCUGUUACACCUGUAGCAGCAAAAAUUAUCCCAGCUACUAGAAAGAAACCAUCACUGGAGCUUGAACUUCCCAGUUCUCCAGACUCCACAGGUGGGACACCAAAAGCAACAAUCUCGGAUACCAACGAUGCACUUCAAAAGAAUUCUAAUCCUUACAUUACACCAAAUAAUCGCUACGGUCACCAGAAUGGGGCCAGCUAUGCCUGGCACUUUGAGGCAAGGAAAUCUCAAAUUCUGAAGUGCAUGGAGUGCGGCAGUUCGCAUGACACUCUGCAGGAGCUCACGGCUCACAUGAUGGUGACAGGACAUUUUAUUAAAGUCACUAACUCUGCCAUGAAAAAAGGAAAGCCUAUUAUAGAAGCCCCAUCGACACCAACGAUAACGUCCUUAGUAGAUGAGAAAGUCCAGUCUGUGCCACUAGCUGCCACCACUUUUACAUCUCCUUCCAAUACACCCUCUAGUGUUUCCCCUAAAUUAAAUGUUGAAAUAAAAAAAGAAGUAGAUAAAGAAAGAGGCAUUGCUGAUGAGAAAAUGAAGGACAAAGAGAAGUCAAGUGAGGAUGAGGAGAAAUAUGAUAUCUCCUCAAAAUACCAUUACUUGACUGAAAAUGACCUAGAAGAAAGCCCUAAGGGGGGAUUAGAUAUAUUGAAGUCUUUAGAAAACACAGUUACAUCAGCUAUAAACAAAGCCCAGAAUGGCACGCCAAGCUGGGGUGGCUACCCCAGCAUCCAUGCUGCCUAUCAGCUGCCUAAUAUGAUGAAGCUAUCGUUGGGUUCAUCUGGGAAGAGUACGCCAUUAAAACCUAUGUUUGGAAGCAAUGAACUAGUAUCACCAACUAAAAACCAGCCCUUGGUGUCUCCACCAAGCAGUCAGACCUCGCCGGUGCCAAAAACAAACUUUCACGCCAUGGAAGAGUUGGUAAAGAAAGUCACCGAGAAGGUGGCUAAAGUGGAGGAGAAAAUGAAAGAGCCUGAGGGAAAGCUUUCUCCAAUGAAGCGUGCGACGCCUUCUCCGUGCAGCAGUGAAGUCAGCGAACCGCUUAAGAUGGAGUCCUCCAAUGAUGGUGGCUUUAAAAGCCAGCAGAACAGCCCAGUUCCUCAGAGAGAUGGUUGCAAGGACAGUCCAACUGUAGAACCUGUGGAAAACGGGAAAGAACCCAUUAAGUCCAUUGUAAGUUCCUUAAGUAGCAGCACAGCUAUCAUUACUGAUCACCCUCCCGAACAGCCAUUUGUAAACCCAUUAAGCGCACUGCAGUCUGUCAUGAAUAUUCACCUUGGGAAGGCAGCAAAGCCAUCUUUGCCUGCCUUGGAUCCAAUGAGCAUGCUUUUUAAAAUGAGCAACAGUUUGGCGGAGAAGGCUGCAGUGGCCACCCCACCUCUACAGUCCAAAAAAACAGACCACUUAGACCGUUAUUUUUAUCAUGUCAACAAUGACCAACCCAUAGAUUUGACGAAAGGCAAGAGUGACAAAAGCUGCUCUUUGGGUUCAGCGCUUUUGUCAUCCACAUCGACAUCUUCUGCAUCUUCUUCAUCUACAGUGACAACAGCAAAGACAUCUGCAGUCGUGUCAUUCAUGUCAAACUCGCCGCUACGCGAGAAUGCCUUGUCAGAUAUAUCUGAUAUGCUGAAGAACCUGACAGAAAGUCACACAUCAAAAUCUUCCACACCUUCCAGCAUAUCUGAGAAAUCUGACAUUGAUGGUACCACAAUAGAGGAACCAGAAGAGAGUACACCAGCUCAGAAAAGGAAGGGACGUCAGUCUAACUGGAACCCUCAGCACUUGCUCAUAUUGCAGGCCCAGUUUGCAGCUAGUUUACGGCAGACUUCAGAGGGGAAAUACAUCAUGUCAGACUUGAGCCCUCAAGAAAGAAUGCACAUUUCCAGGUUUACGGGACUUUCGAUGACCACAAUUAGCCACUGGCUAGCCAAUGUGAAAUACCAGCUCCGAAGGACGGGGGGAACUAAGUUCCUUAAAAAUUUGGACACUGGGCACCCAGUGUUCUUUUGUAAUGACUGUGCUUCACAGAUCAGAACUCCUUCAACUUAUAUCAGUCAUCUUGAAUCGCAUCUGGGUUUCAGGUUAAGAGACUUGUCCAAACUGUCCAGUGAACAGAUUAACAAUCAGAUAGCACAAGCAAAGUCACCGUCUGAAAAGCUGGUGACGUCCUCUCCAGAGGAAGAUAUCGGAACUUCUUAUCAGUGCAAACUUUGUAACAGGACUUUUGCAAGCAAGCAUGCCGUUAAACUUCAUCUUAGUAAAACACAUGGAAAGUCACCAGAGGAUCAUCUUCUGUAUGUUUCAGAGUUAGAGAAGCAGUAGCAUUUGCUUUUGAUUAAAAUAACUGUAAUUUGCUUUGAGGAAAACUGUCAAAGACGCCUUAAAGCUACUGUUUAGUUCUUGGCACAUGUUCUUAUUUUAACUCCACAGUCACUCUGGGCUGAACUGUUUUGUAUAACUGUACAGUGUUUAAAUAGAGGUGCAUAAUCAGCUGUUGUUACUGGUAAAAUAUGAAGGUUAAAAUGCAGUGGUAAGUGUUUGGAACUUUGUGUAAAUUGGAUUUAGUUGCUGUGCAUCCCUCUGAUGCAUCAAGCUGCAUGCAUUAACAGACAGUUUAAUUAAGCAUUUAUAACUAAUUCUGGUGCACUUUUUUCAUGUGACCUAAGUGUGCUGGUAUUUCUCACCCUAUAAUCUUUAGCCCUCUGAGUACUUUGAAGCACUUUUGCAUUAAUUUGGUAAAAAUGUAUGGAUAUGGUUUUUUUAAACCCUUAGCAGCUUAGUUCCGAUUACUAAUAUGAACCUCCAUUUAUGCAGAGGUGUCUCACACCUUGAAAUUUAAAAAUAUAAUUUUCACAUUGAAACAUAGAUGUAUAUAGUGUAUAGAUUUCAAAAUCUCUUAUGGAAAAUGUGAUUGUGGUUAAUGCCAUUUUCUUUUUCUUCAGCAUUUUUAGCAGCAGUGGGUUUUGUACCUGAUAAGCCCCAGGUAUAAACUGUACCUAUGUAUAGUGUAUAUUUCAUUUUUUAGAUCUAACAGUUUUUCUUUUAACAUCCAAACAUUGUAAAUUAUAUGAUGAAAGAUACCACAGAUAGCAUUUAUAAAAUAUUCAGAAACAUUAUUCUUAAAGCAAAGUAUGUUUUGUUUUGUUUUGCUAUACAGUACAUCUAUAUUAAUAGAGGUUCAUGUUUAAAUUAUACAUAUUUAUUAGUGUUGCUAUCAUUUGUUUAUUUUUGGGUUUUUUUUUUUUAACCAUCUGAAGAAACAGAAGCCACGGACUGCAUUCCUGGCAUGCAUCCUAACUGUUUUGCACAACAUGACUUUUAAAGGUAUUUAUUAGUAAAAAAAAAAAAAAAAAAAAAAAAAAAAAAAAGAAAAGACAAAAAAUAAUUCAAAAUAAACUCAGUGCUCAAAGGGUUAAAUCUAUUUGAAAAACUUGUACUGUAUUUCCUAAACAUUGAUAAAGCCUUUAAAAUGUUUGUACUGUAAUACUUUGCUUAAAAAGUUAUGAGGCAUUCUGUGAUAUAACCUCUUUUACUUAUUUAUAAGCACUCUUGGUUGUUAUUUCCUAUUGUAGAAUGCCUUUUUAUUUCAAUUGGUAACUUUCUGUUUUGUUCUGCCUAAUUAUUCUCCCAAGAUUCCAUACUGCAGCUUUAUCUUUAGGCAUAUGAAAGGUAACCCGUGGUUACCAGCACACUAAGUGAUUCUGUUCGUCUCCAUUUUUGGCAGUUAAUUUGCAGAAGUAACUGACAGCUGACACCAUAUGAGAAUCUAUGUAUAAAAUAUUGGCAUGUAAACAGCACAGACACUGUAAUGCACUCUGUGCCCUGUUUUGUUGUUGACAAUGAAGCACCAUUAUAUGACUCUUCAUAUAACCUUUUUUUCUACAGCAGCAUUAAAAUUGUCUUUUUGCUAUAA